AUGAGACUCGCUCUGGUUGCAGCCCUUUGUGGCAUCGCCCUCGCCGCCACCUAUUCCUCUAAUCAACGCAUCGACGCCAAAUGGUUCUCCGCCGAUAAGGAGUUCAUUUAUGGCUGGGAGUCUCAACUCUCAUCGGGUCUCCCAAUCGAGGGAACCCAGCACGCAACUCAGCGAAUCUCCUCGAAAAUUCAUCUCCAGAUUCGUGACCGUUUCGCUUCCCUUCAACUCCGCAAGUUCAACCUGUUCGCCUCUCAGGAGACUCUCCGUACUCCAUCCCGCUUGGCCCCGACCACCUCAUUCGAGCCGAUCGAGCCAUCCAAGGAACAGGAGGAGUUCUUGUCUCUCCCCGUUCGUUUCCGCUACGAGUCUGGCCGUGUGUCCGAGCUCGAGUUUGAUUCUUCCGAUCCAACCUGGUCCCGAAACAUCAAGCGCGCCGCUAUCAACAUGCUCCAGGUGAACAUGGAGUCGAACUCGGAGAGCCGCAUCGAUGAGACCGAAAAGAACUACCGUGUCAAGGAGACCACUCUCGAGGGUCAAGACUGUGAGGUCGUUUACGCCAAGGUUGAGGAGCUCAAGAAGUGGAAUGACGAGCAAACCGAACAAGAGGAGACUGUUGUGAGCAAGACGAUCGAUUUCAACAAGUGCACCACGCGUCCCGACGUUUUCUACACUUUCCGUAUGAAUGAUGAGUGCCGUGAAUGCGACGAUCAUGUCAACAAGAGAUACAAUGAGAUUCAACCAUAUCAACCAUCAACUAUGAUGCGUUUCCGUCUCUCUGGCUCAUCUCCAUCUCGUUUCUUGAUCCGCGAGGUCGAGCUUCAAUCCACCUACGUCUUCUCUCCAAUCGACGACAAGCAACCAAUCAUCAACAACGAGGUUGUCGCCAAGUUGACCCUUUUGGAGUCAGGAGAGAUCAAGUCGACCCUUCCAACAAUUUCCCCAUCAUCAAAAACCACUUUGAUGCACUCGAACAAAAUCGCGAAAGCCCGUGAACAAUGGGAAAUGAACGGUGACGAGAAAGCGCUCCGUGAGCACAAAACUGAUGGAGAUUACGAGGAGGUUGAGGCCGCCAAGAAGACGAUCGACGAGUUGAAGAAGUUGAUGAAAGAGAAUGUCGAGGUUGAGUCAUCGCACAUGUUCUCUCGCCUCAUCUCGAUUCUCCGCCGCUCCACCUACACCCAAAUCGAAGCCAUCCACCGCUACUCCAACCAAGUUGAGGAGAGCCUUGCCACGAUUUGCGUUGAUGCCAUUGCUGAGGCUGGCACCAAGGUGUGCGUCGACUAUCUUGUCAAGCUUGCCGUCAACGAGGAGGUGACCCCAAUCCGUGCGGCUUUCUUGUUCAAAUCCCUCUCCGCGAUGCGUCUCCCCUCCGAGACGAUCAUCAUGGUUCUCGACCGUUUCGCCAAGGACUCCGUUUGUGAGAAUAACCCAAUCCUCAAGCAAUCCGUCCGUCUCACCCAAGGAGCUCUCAUCAAUGCUUUGUGCGUUCCAAACAAGAGCAAAUGGGCUCACUCUCGUGAAGAGGUCUGCCCCCGUGAGCUUAAGGAGAAAAUGGUGGAAAUGUUGAACUCAAUGUACAACAAGGCAUCGAACAGAUACGAGAAGACGCUCGCCUUGAAAACGAUCGCCAACUCGGGAUUGGAAAUGAACAUCAUCUUCCUUGAGAAGAUCAUCUACGACAAAACCGAGGAGAACACCGUUCGCAUGCAAGCCAUGGACGCUCUCCGCCUUCUCCGCACCCAGAUUCCCCGCCGUCUCGUCAAGACCCUCAUGCCCAUCUACAAGAGCCGCUCGCAGCCAACUGAGAUUCGCAUCACCGCUCUCUUCCACUUGUUGCACACAAUGCCCGAACGCAUGGUCCUCGAACAAGUCGCCGACCAAAUCAACAACGAGCGCAACGGACAAGUUGCCGCUUACUCGUACCGUAUGCUCAAGUCUUUCCUUUACACUGAGAACCCAUGCGAGAAGGAGUUCGCCGAGCGAUGCAAGAUUGCUCUCCGUUUGGUGCGCGAAGAGGUGAAGAACCGCUUCGAGAAGUUGUCCUCCAGCUACACCCAGGCUUCCAUCUACUCUGAGAUGCUUCUCUCAUCGGGAUCCAUCGAGUUGUCGACGGUUUUCUCGAACGAUUCCGUUCUCCCCAAAGAGUUGAUGGCCUCGAUGGAUGCUCUCCUCGCCGGAUACUGGAAUAAGAACUUCCUCCAGGUCGGAAUCACUCAACAAGGACUCGACCGUGUCCUCCGCGAGAAUAUGCCAAAGGUUGAGUCAAUCCGCUCAAUCGAUGACGUGAUCACGCGCGGAAAGCGCUCGUUCUUCGAGCAACCCAAGCAACUCCUCCAAGGACUCUUCAACAAAUUGAGCAUCGUCACCCGUCGUCGCUCUGACGAUUCCGAGAAGGACCCACAUGCAACGAUUUACAUCCGCUAUCGCAACAUGGACUACGCCUUGAUCCCACUCGAUGAGCAAAUCAUCUCAAAGGUCAUGCAAAACGUGAUCUCUGGAGAUAAGUUGAACCUCGAGCAACUCGAGCAAAUCCUCGUCCGCGGAACAAAGCUCAACGUCAAGACCGCCUCGAUGAUCUAUGAGGUCACUCGCAUCUUCCCAACCACUUUCGGUAUCACGAUGAUGGUUUCCACAAAGAUGCCCGUCGUCUCAUCCAUUCAACUCAACGCCAAGGCUGAUCUCCUCCCCAAGGGAGAGUCAAGCCUCAACGGAAUCCGCGCUGAGAUCAUUGGCGAGCCCUCUGUGACCAUCACUCAUCUCUGCCAAUCGAUGACCCUCUCGCCAAUCGUGCACACCGGAAUCAAGCUCCAGAACUCGAUCCUCGCCGUUUUGCCCAUCGAUGUCACCAUCCAGGCCGAAUACCGCAACAAGGAGUUCACGAUGGAGACGAUCUUCAAGUCACCCCGCGAGGAGAAACUUCUCUUCAAGGCACUCACCCGUCCAGUCACCUACAUCCGCAAGGUUAUCGGCGAGUCUCGUCGUUACGCUGAGCCCACUGAGAAGAUCAUCUAUGUGCCACGUUUCGACAAGAUGAACAAGGAAGUUGACUUCGUUUUUGGAGAAGAGAUGACCGGAAUGGGCUUCCACUUGACCGGAAAUGUGUACACCAAGUUCGACAACUAUCAAAUUCUCCCAAUCGUCGCCAACGAGAAGCAGAUGGAGAUCCGCGCUCUCAUCACCGACGAGACCCCACGCGAGUACAAAAUUCAAUCCGUUGUGCGUCUUUUCGAGGACCUUUCCCUUCCCACGACAUCCGUUUUCGAUUCGUUCUUCAAUGAGGAGAACCGUCGCCACUUUGCCGUCGAAAAGGAUUCCACCGAGAGCUUCGAGGAGUCCGAGCGUGAAGAGCUCGUCAAGAAGAACUCGCGCAAGUUCAACCAAGAACCAAAGGGAACCGGACACUCGUGCAAGAUCACCAUCGAGUCGAUCGGUGGCCGCAAGGAGCGCAAGGCUGAGCUCUCGGCGAAAGCCGUGUGCGACAAGGACUCUCUCCGCAUGUGCCACUUCUCCGUGGAGGCUCGCCGCUCGCCACUCUUCAAGGGAGAGCGCGACACCUGCAAGGCUCACCUCAACGCCUACACUCUCUUCCCUGAGGAGGCUUCCUCUUUGAAAGAGUUGAAGGAGCAGAAACACCGCGAAUUCCACUCGGUCAUCCAAGGAAACUUCGGAUGUGAGAAGACCAACGAGUUCACCGUCAAGGUUCAAGCUGAGCAAAACAAGGAGAUGCGCAAAUGGAUCAACUACGUCGAUACGUCCCGCAAUGCCGAGGUUGACAACUUCAAAUUGUUGAAGGAGGCCGGCUACCUCAACCAAUACAAGAUCGACGCCGAGUACAACAUCGACAGAAGCUACGAGAAAGUGAUCACUCAUGGCUACCGUCUGCUCCGCUCGUGGAACUGGUGGAACACUGAUUUGGAGAUUGUUUCCAACUCGAACAACCGCGUGUCAGCUUUGGUCGAGAUUGAGCCCGAGAAUCGCCGCUACGUCAACCUCACCAUCAACACUCCCGAGACAAAGAUGUCGAUGCGCUCGAUGCGUUGCCCAUUCAAGCUUCCUCUUCUCAACGUUUUCCAUCCAGUCGAGAUGCGCUCGUACAAAACGCACGAGUACACACGCUCGGCGUGCGAGAUUCGCUCAACCAAGAUCCGCACAUUCGACGAGGUUCUCUACAAGACUCCACUCACCACUUGCUACACCGUUGUCGCCAAGGACUGCUCUCAUGAGCAACCAUCAUUCUCCGUGCUUGUCAAGAAGAUUCGUGAGAGUGGCGAGGAGAAGAUGUUGAAGGUUAUCACCAAGGAGAAAGUUGUCGAGAUGUGGAUGGAAAAGGAGGAGUUGAUGUGUGAAGUGAACGGAAAGAAGAUCAAGGAGGAAUCCCUCUCCAAGCACGAUAUCGUCAAGCUCGCCGAUCGUGUUUACAAGAUCGAACUUGAGGAGCUCUCCGUCCGCUUCGAUGGACGUGUCGUUCGUGUCGAGCUUUCUCAACAAUUCAAGGGAGUCCAAUGCGGACUUUGCGGACACUACGACGAUGAUCGUGAGAAUGAGUUCCGUCGUGCUGACAAUGAACACACUGAAGACCUCGAGGAGUUCCACCGCUCGUACUUGGCCGAGGAGUGCAAGGUCGAGGAGGAGAAGAUCAAGGAGAAGAAGAACUACGGCCGCGUCGAGGAGUCCUCAUCCGAGGAGCUCUCCGUUUUCGAAGAGAUCGAUCUCGCCAUCGCCAUUUCCGACAAUGAUGAGCUCAUCGAGCGCCAACAAGUGAUCGAGUACGCCCAUCGCACUUGCUUCUCGCGCACCGCCAUCAAGGAGUGCCCACGUGGAGAGCCUUUCCGUUCCGAGAAGGUGAACCUCCGCUUCGUGUGCUUCCCACGCGAGUCCAAGGAAGCUCUCCAAUUCAUCCGAGAGAUCCGUCGUGGCCCAAUCUCGCUCGAGUCCUUCCAAGACUCGUUCGUUCAAGGCGUCAAGUCGGCCAUCCAAUGCCGUGCC